AUGGCCACAUCCUAUUCGGCUAAUAAUGGUCAAAAUGAAGAAUAUACAUUUGAUGCAUUUGAAGAUGGUUCAUCUAAAUUGGUUGGAGAGCAACAAUUAACUAAACUUAAUCAAUUUGCAGUUGAUUAUGCACAACAAAUUUGGAAGAUAGAAGAAGCAUUAGAUGAAACAUUAAAUGAAGUAUGGGAUAUAAAUAUAGAUCCAGUUUCAAUUUAUAAUAAACCUCAUGAACAAUUAGAUUUAAUUGAAUUGGUUAAAACUGAUCAUAAAAUUUUCAAUAAAGUAAUAUUAGUAUUCUCUUCAAUUUGUAAUCAAACUAGAAUUUUAAAAGAAACAGCAGAAAGUAAAUUUUAUUCACCAUUAACAGUAUUUGGAGAGAUUACAGGUGAAUCAUCAGAAGGUGAUGUACAAAUUGAAGUUGGUAAAUUAUUACCAUUUAUGAUUGAUUUAUCAGCAUUUGUAAAUAGAUGUUAUUCAUUAAUUAGAAAUAUUAUUAGUCAAUUUGCAUCGAUCUAUCAAUCACAAAAGAAUAUACAUACACAAUUCUUUAAGAAUGUUCAUUUACAAGCUGUCUAUUAUUCAAUGAUUGAUAUAUUUUCAGUAUUAAUAAAUUUAGAUAGUAUAAUUACACAAAAUACUGCUUUAGAUUCAUCUUGGGGUAGAUAUUUAAGAAUGGUAAAAUCAGUUAAACAAGAACCAAAUAAAUAUUCAGUUAGUGGUGAAGAAGAUAAAUUAUGGCAAUUAGAGAAAUUAUUAUUAUCAUUAAAAGGACAAUUAUUGGAGGGAUUUAUAUUUCAAUCAUGUAUUCAACAAGAGUUUGAUUUUCCAGGUGUUAUAGAUGUUAAAGGUAAUAAAGUUUUGAAAGCAGAGUUUCAAUAUAAUGUAAAGGUUUUAUGGAGUAUGUUUGGUACAAAGAUAAUGGAUUCAUCUGAAUUGAAUUUACGUGAGAGAUUCCCAGGUUUCAUGGGUUUAUAUGCAUUUUACAUAGCAUUAUUCAAGGAUAUCACCGAUAAAUCAUUCUUUAAACAGGUUUGGGAAGUUACAAAACGUGUACCAAUGGUAUCGAUUAAUGUUAAUGUGUUUUGGUUUCCAGCGGAUUUCAUUCAACAGUUGAUGCCUGGUAUGAUAAAGAUUGUAGGUUCAACUUUUAAUCAUAUGGAGAUUAGAAGAGAUUAUUUACGUAAUGUGGACAAAGAGUUUAGUGGUCGUGUCAAGUCCUAUUAUCUCCAAGUGAGCAGAUGGAUGGUACGUAUGGAGAGUAGUCAAACUAGAGGCGGUACACUAUGGGAUGUGUCGUUGUCAAAGGUGGGUCAAAUCAUUCAAGGUGUUCAAUUGUCAUAUCACAUUUCUCAUUUGCUCAAGACAAUGAUUGGUUUACAUAUGCAUUUGACCGCACCAUUGAAGUCAUCAGAUGUACGUAAGCUAUUCCAAUGUGCAGAGAUGUUGAAAUCCAUAGAGAAUACAUUUCAUCGUAGAUCCGCUAUGAUCUCUGCACACAUUAGCAUGAUGGUUCAACAAUUGACCGAUAUUAUCAAUGAAAAGUUAAAUGUGGUUAGAUCGAAAUACGCAGGUCGUUCAAAUUAUUCAGAGAUCGAAUUGGAUGUAAUUGUGGCCCUCUCAUUAUGCUCGGAUCUAUUAUGUGGAGUUGCAACCAAUGAACGUAUCACAGUGGUACGUUUAUGUUUAAAUGUCAUCUAUCAGUCAAAUAUACUCAAAGAGAAUGAUAUCGAAGAGUUGCGUCUUCAUAUAAAGAGAUUGGAAUUCAUAUCGGAUAUUGGUAAAAUUGUAAAAGCAAGUUGUGAUUGUUCCAUCCUUUUUUGGUCAAGAGAUUUAUUCCCAACCUAUUUACAAUUCCUCUACCAAAAUCCUUCUCAAGCCACCUCACUUCAAUAUACAUUGACAGGUUUAAAGGAUGUAGUCUCGGUUUUGGAUAAAGCAAUUCAUGUAGAUAAUGCUAAACAAAGAUUGAUCGAUGUUUAUCGUAAUGAAAUGGAAGAGAUGAUCGAUAAGAAUAUCAUUCAACCAUUGGGUAAAGAUGUUGAAACCGAUCUUCGUUUACAUAUUCAUGCAUUCUUAAACAUUGAAGAGAAAGAUCCAUUCAAGACUGGUAUCAAAGAAUUUGGUAAAUUCCUCGAGUUGAAACCAUUGCGUUUCUUUGAUCGUACCAUUGAUAUCAAAUCAAGAAUCUCUCAUUAUUUGGAUCAAACAUUUUAUAAUCUAAACACUGUAGCACUCUUUGAUUGGAAAACCUAUUCAGAGAUGAGAAAUAUGGCAUUCUACAAGUAUGGUCUACAAUUGUUGGAGGUUCAUUUACCAGGUUCAACAUUGGAGCAAGGUUUGGAUGUCUUAGAGAUCAUGAGAAAUAUUCAUAUCUUUGUAUCACGUUAUAACUAUAAUCUUAAUAAUCAAAUUUUCAUUCAACGUUCAUCAAAUAGUAAAACAUUAAACACCAUCAAUAUCACACACAUCUCAAAUUCAAUUCGUACUCAUGGCUCUGGUAUUAUGAAUACCACAAUCAAUUUCGCCUAUAGAUUCUUGGUUCAAAAGUUUUCCAUCUUUUCAGAGUUUCUCUUUGAUGAUCAAAUUAAAUCAAAACUCUACAAGAAUAUCAAAUACUUUAGAGAGAAUAAAGAACAAUUGAAUAAUAUGUACCCUUCAGAGUUGGUGACAGAGUUGGAAAGAGACAUUAGACAAUUGGGUGUCUCCGAGACUGGUUUAACCUUUUUAGAUCAUUUUAGACUUUUAAUCACUCAUAUUGGUAAUGCUAUGGGUUAUAUUAGAUUGGUCAGAUCCGGUGGUUUACACUAUUGUAGUAAUGCUAUCAAAUUCGUACCAGACUUGAAAAAGAUUCCAAAAUUCCAAGAUUUAACCUCAAAAGAUGCCCUCUCACCUGAAACAAUUCAAGCUAGUACCAAUUUGGAUUCAAUCAUUCAUAAUCUUUCAAAUAAUUUAUCAGAGGGUACUGAAUACUUUAAGAUGUUGGUAAACGUUUUCGCUACAGAGUUUCGAAAUAUCGCUAAUCAACAUUUAAAGAAUUUCUAUAUCAUCGUACCUGCCUUGGCCUCAAAUUACAUCGAUCAUAUGAUCAAUAGUAAAGAUAAACUCUUUAAGAAAUCAAAAGCAAUCGGUGCUGAAGCUUUAUUAUUCACUGAUGAUGGCUUUGCAAUUGGUUUGGCUUAUAUCUUAAAAUUAUUAGAUCAAAAUAAAGAUUUCGAUUCUCUUCAUUGGUUCGAUCGUAUUCAAUUGAAAUGUGAAACUGAUCAAAAGAGAAUGUUGGCUGAAGCAAAUGCAAAAGGUAUCAAAGAGGAUCAAAAUCAUUUAGCAAUUAAAAAGAUUCAAAAUUUCCAACAAGAAUAUGAAUUAUUUAAAUAUUCUUUCUCUGGUUCAAGAAUUUUCUUUAAAGAUUAA